AUGACAGUGAAGAUCGAUCCUUCUUCGUUAUGUGCUUCCGUUGCUGCUGUUAAAUGUUGUGAUAUUCGCCGUUCAAUUUCACUCCAACAAGAAGCACAAAUCUUGACAACUCUCAAAGGUUCUCCUUAUGUCGUUCAAUUUUUUGGAGCAGACGUCAGCAUCGACAAUGGUAAUAUUCCAACUUACAAUCUGUUUCUUGAAUAUGCAUCUGGUGGAUCACUCCACGAUUUGAUCAACAAUUACAAGAAAGGAAUGAGAAAGAUGUCAGAAUUGGAAGUAGGUUUCUAUGCAUAUCAACUCUUAAAGGGUAUUCAACACAUUCAUAAGAAAGGGUGGGUUCAUUGUGAUAUUAAACCCGCAAAUGUUUUGGUUUUAGAUAAUGCUGAACGUGGUGGGAUGCACAAGUUGAAGUUGGCCGACUUUGGAUUGUCGUUGAGAAUUGCUGAAGGAAUGGCAUAUAUGACUGGAAAAACGUUGAGCAAUCGAGGGACUCUACUUUACGCGUCCAAGAAUCUUUGA